UAGUUAAAAGUUGAAAGAAACCCUAAAUGCUUUGACUGCUACGUAUCGAAGGUUAUUGAGAUUUUGAGCCUGAUUUGAAUUUUUAGGUUGAAAGUUAAAAAAAAAGAUUAUGCGUCUGCAGAAGAAGACGCAAAGCAAGGAGGAUGCGGAGGCUAAAACGUCGGUGUGGUGGGACAUGGACCACUUCCCGGUUCCUAGUGGGUAUGAUGCUGGUCGGAUCCGUGAGUGUAUAGAACGGCGGUUGGGGAAGUUAGGUUACUGUGGUCCUGUCACCAUCUCUGCCUGUGGCGACCUACGAAAAACCGAAGAGAACAUACUGCGAGCACUCUCAUCCACUGGAAUCAUUCUUAACCACUCCUAUUGUGCUACCACACACAUAUAUUCCGAUUUGUUGGUAUGGAAAAUGCGUCAUCCAGCUCCGGUUACAAUAAUGCUCAUAACUUCUCCCGGAGACGCGUUUCCCCUGCUUAGGUUUAGUUCCCAAGCAAUAGAAGGGGCCGGGGACCCAACGUUGUUGUGGAUUAUAAAUGGCUUAAGCUAAUUGAAGGUGUCUGUCUGUCUGUCUGACCUCUAGUUGCAGAUUAAUUAAGCUAUACUUGUUUCUCAACUGGUUUACCGUCU